AUGACAGGAAGCCAAGACCAAUUGAGCCAACGCAAUGGGCUAGGAGCCGACCUAAGAGAUCAGUUGAAUCGGAGAAGCACCCGAAGCCGGGAAGACGAUGCAACACCGCCACCGACACCUCAGAUAAAUCCACAGCCGACUGCGGUACCGCUCACCCCGGAUCAGCUACACGCAAUUGGACGUGCCUUCGCCGAAGCAAGUCGGGGAAUACGGGAGCAAUCCGCUACUCGGGUACCGCAACAAGACCCCCCACCGCCGCGAUGGCCGAACAAUCAACAAUCAACCCGCCGGGCGGUGAGUCAACCUGUCCAGUCCGUUCAUUCCCGGCUAGGCCCUGGUGUCGAGCGACGGUCAGCAAGAGAACGACUAGGGCGAAGGGAACCCCUCCGCGCUCCGGUAGAAACUCACGGCCGGCAGAGAGCACGUGAGCGUAACCGUGCGGGGAAAGGCCGGACGGCGGCUCGCCGCGUGGAGCAGUCCGCCCGAGACCAUGACCAACCCGCCGAGUCAGAGGUUGGCGAAAGCGCGGAGUCGACAGGAAACCACACCCAUGAGAGGGUCGAAAUGGCAAACCUCGCCCAAGAGGUAAGAAAUCUGAAAGAGCAGGUAGAAGGGAGAACCAAGGCCCCCGGUCGAGCGCUGCUGACCUUGUUACCUUUCUCCGCCGAGAUCAUGGCCUUCAAAAUACCGGGCGACUUCAAGUUCCCGGAACAAGCCACGUUCGACGGAUCAGGCGACCCGCGGGAACAUCUAUUGAGCUACCAGGCCAAAAUGCAGGUCUGGGGAGUACGGGACCCGGUCAUGUGCCGCGCCUUCCUGCCCACGUUAAAAGGGGCCGCGCAAAGGUGGCUUGUAGGACAACCCCCGGGGUCGAUUCACAGCUUCGAAGAGCUGGCGGACCGCUUCAUGAGCCACUACGCCGCUAACAUCAAACAACAGAAAGACUUGACUCAUUUGGGCGACAUCCAUCAGGAUGAGGGCGAAUCCUUAAAAGCCUAUCUGGCUCGCUGGCAAAAGGAGAUCCAGUCGAUAGAAGAAGUGGAGGAUCAAACAGCACUCACCUUCUUCAUCGAAUCUUUGCGGUCCGGACAACUAUACCGGGACCUGAGGGACAACCGUCCGGCGACAUACGCAGACGCAAUCCAGAUGGCCAACAAGAGAGCCAACACAGAACAGGCUAUAAAGCACAAACGACAACGUGAGGUCGGCGGAUCUGCCAGUGGAAAAAGGACGCGGGCCGAGACCAGAGAGAGACGUUCAGACGUAGCUCGGCGGCCUGAGGCCAGGCGACCGUACGACCGCCCCAUCGUCCACACUUAUCGCCCGGCUCCAGAGCGGCCGGUCCAUGAGGUACAAGUGGUCGCCCCGCCUCCACCUCCGCCGAUUGACGAUCGUGCAGCGAGCGAGGAUACUGGUAAGACUUCUAAAUAUUGUCGAUAUCAUAAAUCUUACACUCACAGCACGGAAGAAUGCUUCUACUUAAAGAAGAUCAUGGAGGGGAUUAUCCAGCAAGGAACUCCGCCUCCUAACCAAUGGAAGCGAAGGUCGACCAGUCGAGGAGACGAGGGGCCUUCCGCCGACGCAGAAAAUAGCCGGGGCAAGCAGCCGGUCUCCGAGGAGGACGAAGCCCAAUGGCGCCAGAAGCCAGUCAUUAACAUGAUAGUCGGCGGGCCAGAAGGCGGCGAUUCCGCAAAUACCCGGAAAGCCUGGGCUCGGCAACUAUAUGUCGGAACGGUCUACGGCCGGGAGGAGAGCUCCAAAAAGAUAUGCCGGGAGCCCAUCGUGUUCACCGAUAAAGACUUGCCAGCCGGGGAAACCCCGCAUCGAGACGCGUUGGUCAUCGCCAUGGAUAUCAACGGUGUAGUUGUUCGCCGGAUUCUGGUUGACACCGGGAGUAGUGUCAACGUACUGUACCUGGAUACCUUUACUAAGAUGGGGCUGACCCGAGAACAGCUCAGACCCGUGAACACCCCUCUCGCCGGCUUCACUGGAGACUCAGUGGAAGCGGAAGGGUCCAUCACUCUUCCUGUGGAGAUCGGCAGUUAUCCGGAUGUACAGAAGUUGAGCAUGAAGUUCAUCGUGGUCGAUCUAGCCUGCUCGCACAAUGCCAUACUCGGCCGCCCGGGUCUGGAAGACCUUGGAGCCUUAAUCUCAAUUGAACACCUGUGCUUGAAGUUUCGCACGCCGAACGGAAUAGGAACAGUGCGUUGUGACCGCAAGGUCGCCCGCGACUGCUACCUACAAGCGUGUAGAGGAAUGGGCAAACGUGGGAUGCAGGUCCAUGAGAUCACUGAGAGGCCCCCUAAGAGAACCGUGAUACCUCGCCCAGAGCCGGCCGUCGAGCUAGAGGAGGUCGAGAUUGACCCAGCACAGCCAAGCAGGCGAGUAAGAAUUGGAGUCGGCCUUCCGGAGAAGUUAAAAGGGGAAAUCAUGAAAGUGCUCCAGGAGCACCGACUGGUUUUCGCCUGA